UUAGCAAGGAGAAGAAAAGGUGAAAUACGAAACGAUCGUGAGCCACACGAUUUUAUAAAACCGCGAUAAAACGAAUACGAAGACAUGAAGAUAGUUCUCGAGUCAGAAGGCCCAAGGCGGGAUAGACCAGACGGCUUACCAAGCAACUGUAAACUUGCUCCAAGUAUUAUUUACACUAUUCAGUGGAGAUCCUCGAAAGUGAAGGGAGUUUUGGAACAAUUUCGAAGCAGCAGCGUUGCAAAAAAUUUGUAUUAUCGGGAGAAAUUUGACAACACAUCGACGAUCAAGAAUUCGCUAUACAACGAAUUCCAAAAUAUCAGAAGAAAUGACCGGGAUUGGAUAGUGGCAAUCAGUGGGAUUGAACGAAUCCUCGGACAAUAG